CAGAGCGACUCAGCACACGAAACAAGAUGAAAAGAACAAGAGAUAAAACGUAUCACGAUAAAGUACACAAUUUUGAACAUAAGCGACCAAAAGUGGUCAAUUAUUUAGACUCGUUCUCUUCUAUGUAUGACCGUCCAUUUCCAAACUUCAGAGAACCAGUGGAAAUCGGUAGCUUCAGUCAGGAUGAGAGAAAGAUUUACAAAAAUGACAAAAGUCAGUUACGAAUAUUUGCACCUCCCGUAGACCCAAAUCAUUGUAAAUUUGACCUUAGACAGGGCUAUGCAGAAAUGAUUAAAAGAGAUGAAAAUAUAAAAACUUAUAUAAAUGAUAUAUUGCAUUGGAUAGUUAAUAACAGAAAUAAAUUUCCAAUACCAACACAUUCAAAAGACAAAAAAGUCCAGCAGAAUCUGGAUGAUCAAUGCACAGCUGACAAAAGUUCACUAAAAAGACUGAACAUUGAUUUUAUAUGUUGGAGAGGUCUCAUCACUCGAUUACUUUGUAUACCUUAUGAAAAUCGAGAAGAUUUAUUGGUUGCAGUAAUUCGCUUUAGGGGAACACAUUAUUUGUGUGAAUAUGAUACUGAGACAAAGAAAGCAAGAGAGGAAAAUAUAACUCCGCGUGAUGAAGAAAUGUGUGCUUGGGGAUUUAAAUUUGAGCAGUAUGUAACAGCAGAUAAAGUUGGUGCUGUUCCCAAUACAUCUGUACCAGUCAACAACAAUGCUGCAUUUUGCAGUAUGGCUUAUUCUCGCCUUGAAACACAUUCUUUAUUGUUUGGAGGGGAGGUGGACUGUGAAGAUGUUAACUCUCAAGGGAGAAACAAAUACAUUGAACUCAAGACUUCUCGACUUAUAGAAAAUAAAAGACAGUUUGAAAAUUUUUGCAAGUAUAAGCUAAUCAAGUGGUGGGCCCAAAGUUUUGUUAUUGGUAUACCUCGAAUAGUGUGUGGCUUUAGAGAUGAUGCUGGUAUUGUCAGAAAGAUGAAAGACUAUUCUCUCUCUGAAAUCCCUCGUAUAGUUAAUAGCACUCUACAUCAACCCUGGAAGCCAACAGUUUGUUUUAAUUUUUUAAAUGCUUUUCUAAACUUCAUCAAAAUCAAUAUCACUGAGGAUGAUGAGAGCUGUGUUUACUUAGUCAGGUGGAAACCUGGCUCACCAGUGACCAUAGAGAAGAAGGGAGAUGACUCUGAAUUCAAAUUUUUACCUGACUGGUUCAUCCAUUGGGAGGCUUGGUCAACUCCAUGAUACUGCUUGUAAUGUUGUUUCUCAUAUUUACUGUAGUUUUGAAUAAUUUAAUUCACUUGUAUAAAGUAAAAAUACUUCAGCACUGAAGACUUAAAGAUUAAAAUUGUCUUUAAGAUGUAUGAGAUUUAGUUACACCUAUAAAUUUUAAAGGGGACGGAGUGGUCUAGCUGUAGAGAGCUGGACUGCCAACCCGUAAGUCUCGAGUUUGAAUCCAGGAUUAAGUCAGUUGACCAUCCCUGAGUCCACCUAACUCACUUUAGGGAAAGUAAAGGCGGCUGAGCAUAGUGCUGACCACACUAUCUCUUCAUCUGCCGAGGUCACAGAAACAAGUGAACUCUACUUCACUUGCCCUAUAGACAGUCAAGUUUGAAAAGGGAACUUUUUACUUUUUUAUAAAUUUUAAAACUUCAAGUUGUUUUGUAUUAAUGUCAAAGUUUAUUAGUAAUGUUGAAUGUAUAUCUCUUUUUAAAAAAGUGGGAGUUUCUAAACAUAUAAACAAGUCCCACCUUGAGAUUACCAAGGAAACCAUGAUGCAGGUCAGCAGUUGUCAUAAAAGAUGAAAUAACUUCUUUUUUUUGCUUCUGCUUUUUUGAAAAAAAUAAGUUUAUUAUAUAUGAGUAAUUUGCUCUGUAGAUUUUUAAAAUUGUGAACUACUUCUAGAAAAACAGUAGAAAAAAAAGAGGGUCAGAGGUUCUUCAGGUUACAGUUGAAGCUUUAUCCCACACUGGUGCUGGUUUAGUAGCUCAGAAACCAAACACUGCAUCUCAUAACAGUCUGUGUUGGGGGAAUUAGAACUUUCAUGUGGACAAAGUUACAAAAGUUCAACCAUCUGGCUGUUGUAUAGGAGUAUUACAACUUUAUGUGAACAGCCUUGUGUUGUGUUAUUUAUAUUACACAGCAGAUCUGAUCCAUUUUUUUUUAGAACCCAUCCCUCUCACUUUAGUCACCCAACUAACCACCACCAGCAUGAUCCUUUUCUAAAGGGUUCCCAGCAAUGAUGUAAUAUAUACUUGAAUAUACAGAAUGCUAUUUGUGGUGUAUUAUAGACUCUGUUCUGGUAUGUUGGACACAACACAGAAAUGAAGAAUAUCAAAGAAAUAAAUUUGCUGUGUUUUAAAUAUCCAACUGAUCAGGGUGACUUUCUUUAAACCAGAACACAUUUAUAUAUAUUUUAAAUAAAAAAAUAUGUGUAUAUAUAUAUAUAUGUAGUAACAGUAUAAAAUCAACAUUUUUAACUAGAGGCUUAGCAUGUACCAAACAUGACUGAUUAGGUUUUUAAGUUAGAAUUCUAUGGGCACAAUAUAAAGCAUGGACUUUUUUUUAUAAUAGUUUAGAUUAUAUUUUAAAUGGUUUAUGCUGUUUUUCUUUACUUUU